AUGCCUCAAACAAUAUUCAUCACAGGAGCCUCAGGCUACAUCGGCACUGUUCUCACGUCCCAUUGUAUUGCCUCGGGCUACACCGUCCGCGCCUUAUCUCGUAGCUCGGACAGCGAUACAAAAUUGCUUUCGCUGGGCGCGAUUCCUACUCGUGGCGGUCUCGCUUCGCACGAUGUCCUUACGCGAGAAGCCUCUUCCGUAGACAUGGUCAUUGCCCUCGCCGAUGCACUGGCUGGAAAUUACGGAAAUAUGACCAUGGAAGAGCGGUCUGAGAUCAACAACGCAGCCAUCGCUGCUUUGGCGGCAGGUAUGGAGGGCAGUGGAAAGCCGCUUGUCGUCACCUCAGGCACUCUACAAGUAGCCGAUGACCCACAGGGCAACGAGACGGACGAGACAGCGCCAAGUUGGCCAGAGCCUAUAUUCGGCGUGGGAGUUGAGGCGACCGCUUUGAAGUUGAAGGAAAAAGGAAUCAGGGUCUCCGUUGUUCGACUCGCUCCAUGGGUGUACGGAAGAGGUGGAAGUGGCGUAAGAUUGUUCAUGCAGGGCGCAGUGGUGACUGGUGAGCUCAUCUAUGUCGAUGAUGGCUCAGCGCGUACAACCACCGUCCAUGUCGAUGACGCUGCUCGCCUAUUUCUUCUAGUCGCGCAGAACGGUGGAGUGGGAGAGAUAUACAAUGCUACGUCUGAGACGCAUGUGACGUUUAAGCAGCUCAUGGAAGCUAUAGGGAGGACUAUCUGUGUGCCGGUCCGGUCGCAGUCGUAUGCGGAUACGGAGGCGACGAGAGGACGUUUCAUCGCGAGCUUCUUGAGCCUGCAGAAUAGAGCAAGUAAUAAGAAGGCAAGGGAGGAGCUUGGGUGGACGGUGGAAUCGAAGGUGGGCAUUCUUGAUGAGAUCGCUGUCGGGUCGUACGUCAGUGUGGUGAAGGAGUUGCGAGAGUCGAAGGCUUCCAAGGUGGAGCUGGACGUUGUGGAUUGA